UGUUGGGCAAGAAUACCGGAAGUAUUGGUCAGCUGUAAGUUUUUUUUCAUACUGCAUUGGUAACCACAUUAGUAGCAGUGCAGCAGGAGCGGCAGCCGCCUCCCUUUCCUUGACAACAUAAACAUGGCGACUCGUGGACCGAAUCGUGAUACAGUAAAAAGCUGCUGUCCAGGUCAUCAUAGGAAAAAUAGGCCCGGCGAUUCAACAUCUUGGGAAAUUGUUAAACCGUCGAUCACGGAGCUGACAAGGGCAGCUCGGACAAAUAUUCUUUGCACCGUGGAAGGAUGCGGCAAAAUUGUCUCCAACACCCCGGCUCUGAACAUGCACUUGGUGAAGUCUCACAGGAUUAAGGAUGGAAUAAUAAAUCCCACAGUACGCAAAGAGCUGGGUGCUUCUCCAAAAUUGUACUGCUGUCCCAUUGAAGGUUGCCCAAGAGGACCAAACCGACCCUUUUCCCAGUUUUCACUUGUAAAACAGCACUUUAUGAAAAUGCACGCAGAAAAGAAACAUAAAUGUGAAAAAUGCAGCAACUCUUAUGGCACGGAAUGGGACUUGAAACGACAUUCAGAAGAUUGUGGCAAGACCUUCCAGUGUACUUGUGGAUGCCCAUAUGCAAGCAGGACAGCUUUACUAUCCCAUAUAUAUAGAACUGGGCAUGAAAUCCCCGCAGAACAUCGGGAGCCACCAAAGAAGAGAAGAAUGGAGGGAUUAAUACAGAGUCAGCUGCCAUUAGACAAACUAGUGAAAGUAAUUAAUUCAGACCAGUCCACCAAUAGUGACGCCCCAGAAUUGGACUCGUGUGAACCUGGUAAUGCAGUUUCUGGAAGUGGCAACACUUGCAAUAGUACUCGACAUUCCGCUUUACCAUCCAGUACUCAGAAACUACUCUUACCAAAGCCUAAAUUAACAUUUGUCCGCCUUCCAGUAAUGCAGCUUGCUCACAUGCCAGUUAUUCUUACAGCAGCAGAUAGUAAUGUUAAGCCUGUUGUAGUUGCUGUUGACAAUCAAGGGUCAGUUGUUCAUGUAAUGCCUCAUUCUGUUAACACUGUGAUGCCAUCUUUGGAAGCAAAGUCAUUUCCUUUAAGAGAAACUUCACUUCCAGCAAUGUCAAACUUCUUUGGUAUAGAACCCCUUAAUACAGCUGUUCAGACAAAUAUGGACAAAGCUUUAUGUAGCAGUAUACAGUUACAGGACUUCAGGGAGAUGUUUCUAAAGAAUAGUGGUCCUUCUAUGAAUGUCCAGACUGAUGCUUCAUGCACCACUGUUCCAACAGUCACCUGUUGCUCCAGCGAGUCUUUAGUGUCUUCCUUUUCCCAGACAGACAUAAGCUUUAGUUCUCAGGUGUCCUUACCUGUCAGUGUUGAGACUCAGACUUUUGUACCUCAUAGGAUUACUGCAUCUGUAGGUGCUCAGACAGAUAACUUAGAAUUUACCUGCUGUCCUUAUGGCAUUUCUAGGGAGACACAGACUAAUGCAACUCAUUUGUCCACACAAACUGGUAGUCGUAUGAGUAAUUCUCUGAUGUGUACCAAUAUGUUUGGACAUGUGUCUUCAUCAUCAUACAGUGUCUCAACCCAAACUAGUUUCUCAGAAGAACCUUUGUUUUCAGAAAACAUUACCCAGAGUUUAAUACAUGUAACAGAUUCUUCCACUUUUGUGCAUGCUAAUGUCAUGAAAUCUUCAGCAGUUACAAAUUUCAAUACUCAAGCCAGUGAACUUCCCUCACAACCUAUGACAGACAGUCAAACUCAAACUAUGAACUUUCUACAUGAUUUGGAAAAUAUUUUGUCAGACAGUAUGUCGAAUCAUACUCUGGACAGUCGUGGUCUUCUGUCUGAUGCUAGCACAAGCUGUGAAACAGACCUGACAUCUAGUUCUGUGCAAAAUACUGGGUUAGACUUUGAUUUUGAAGAAUUCUUGUCUGCCAGUAACAUCCAAACUCAGACUGAAGAAAGUGAAUUUGGUACCAUCCACUCAGAACCAGUGUUGGAAUCCCUUGACAUUGAAACACAGACUGACUUUCUGUUUUCAGAUGCUGCUGCCCAGUCCUGCUAUAGAGGGAAUCCAAAUUACCUGGGGAUGGAGAUGUUUGACACACAGACCCAGACAGACUUAAAUUUUUUACUAGACCAAAGUGGACAUCUCCCUUUGAGCAGUAUUUUAAAGCAAUCAAGUUUCUCCGUAAGCACAGACUCUUCAGAUACAGAAACGCAAACAGAUGUGCAGGCCUUGACAAAGACUGAUGCUCUUACUUGUGUAGAUGGGCAGGUCCAGUUAAGCACUACCGAAACUCAAACUAUAGAUAGCUGUUUGGAAAAUUUUGGAAAUCUUUUCUCCACUACCAAUGAGACUCAGACUGUGAUGGAUGAUUUCCUUAUUGCUGACCUGGCAUGGAAUGCAAUGGAAUCACAAUUCAGCUCUGUAGAAACACAAACUUGUGAUGAGUUGUUUGACUUGCUAAGAAGCUCUGAUAAAGACAGCAACUGAAAUGUGUGCUACGAUAUUAAGAAACUUGCUGAUGAACUCUCAUUUCUGAAUGACUCAGUGCACCAUGAUUGACUGUCAACACUGUUUUUGUCUUUUAUUUUCUCAUGGACAGUUCGCUGAGGAAACUAAUUUCUUUCUUUGUAAUUUUUUUUUUCUUGAUUUUUGUAAAACUGCAACUCUUAUUUAAUUUGACAUGAUUGGUUUUGAUGUUUAGUUCAAUGUAAGUCUUUUUUUUGUAAAACACUAUCAUACUGAGAUAUAAGUAAGAAUUGCUGCUUUUUCUUUUGUUUAUAUGUUCCAGACUAUUUGAUGUUCUGGGGAAUGCACUUUAUUUAUUUUAAGGGUUUUAAGUAUGCAUUUUUGGUUGUUGUUACAUUAGAUGUUUGUGUGAUUUGCCUGUCGGUUGGGUGACAUUUUGUAAAAUGAAGUGGCAGAUUGGAGCCCCUGCUGUCCUUUCUUGACAGUUCAGUAAAUCAUAUACAGUUUGUGUAUUGUGUU